AUGUCCUCCAAAUCCCCCAAACCGGCCAAGCUAUGCAAGCGUUCGUACUUUCUUCGCAGCGAAACCGUCCCCAGGCAGACCCAGAUGCGUCAGGAGCUGGGCCCAAACCUGGCCGACGUCAUCCUGGAGCAAAUGAGUCCCGCGUGCAAGGCAUGGAUGGGCGUUGAUCGAUCGCUGCAGGGCCCUUCUUCCGGGUUCUGCGUCGACACCGACCAACUCCGGGCGAACAUCCACGAGCACAUUCUGGACGUGGGCAGAAAGGCCGAGGAACGGGUCGAGCGGAGAAGACGCCGUCAGCUGGCCAAACGGCAAGACCGGACGGAGGAGUUUGAACUGCUCAAGUUCGAGUGCCGCCAGAAGAUCGAGAUUGCUCGGGACGAGGAGCGGAAGCGGAUGCAGGAGCUGCUGCGAGAAGCGGAGUGGGAGCUGGCCGAGAAGUUCCGAGCUAUGAAGGUUGAGCUUGGUGAGGACUAUCUGCGGGGUAGGAGGGAGAUGGCUCAGUUUAUGUGUAGGAACAUGAGAAAACAAGCGUUCGAGUUGAUUGGAGGAAUUUCUCGACAGUACCGGAUUGAGCUGGAACGUGAAGUGACAAAACGGGUUGACGAAGAGGUCGAAAAGAUGGCGGAACAGAUCGACGAGGUUGUUCAGCGAGCCGUUGAACAUCAACAGCAAAUCGAUACGGAAGCUAUGCGAAGGAUGUGCUACCGCUACGAAGAACUCAUGAAGAACCAGAAUCAUCGAGCGGCUUGCCGACAACUUACUGAGCUGUCCCAGCAAAUUUGCGCUCGCUGGGCAGAACUCACCAAGAAACCGGACAGCGCGGAGAUCUGCUGCCAAACUUCGUUCAUCAUCCCAAAUCCUUCAGAGGGGAUCGAAUCGGAGUCCGUCGUUCAGAGCAAAGGUUUCGAAGAACCCAGCGAGCCCAUCGAAAAGGAGGACAUUUUCGUCAUUGAAUCGUGCUUUAUGAAGCCGGGACCGAGUCCAGUUUACAGCUUUGCGGACAGUAUCGUCCAGGAAGAGGUUGCACCUUCCUCUUCCACCUUGGAGGCAUUCGCCCUGGAAGAUCAAAUUUACGCCCAGCCCAAGUACUAUCGUAAAAUACACGAUCAACUGUUUCCAACGCCAGAACCCAGCUGGGAACCACCCAAAAUUGACGAGAUUUCAGAAAUUCGAAUUGAAGAGCCAUCACUUGCCGCAAUCGAUUCAGAUUUUGCACGGGAAGUGGUCAAGGGAAUUUUGUCCGAUGUUGACCUAUCGGAGGAAGAAAUAUCGUACGAUUCAUCGGAUGUGGAGGAAGUUCCUCGGAUUGAGUGGCUCCCGUUAGAACAAUCCGAAACUGAUACACCCAAUUUGUUUGACGUACAGAAAACGGAAUCAGCUAUUGACAUUCUAGUGAAUGGAAUCGUGCUCAAGUAUAUAAGAGCCACUGAUAAAGAUUUACAAAAUUAA